UUUGGAGAGAACUGUAGAGUAGAGUAGAGUAGAGUAGAGAUUAGUGAAGUGAAGCUACUUGGUUGCUUCUUUCCAGGCCAGCUUGUCAUUCACUGGCACUAUCUCUCUCUCUCUCAUUGAUAAAAAGAAAAAAGAAAAAGAAAAAACUCUCUCACUCUAAUACACGGACACGCACGCAGACAAGACACAUGAAUUGAGAAGUACCCUUUAAUUCACCUCCCUUUUCUCUCUCUUCUUGAAAAGCUAGAUAAAAGAACCGAAAAGAUAAUUGUUUUCUUUCGCAUUUUCAGUUCUUGGAGUUGGUUUGACCCACAUUGGAAUCGACUUCAAAUCUACAGUGCCCUCUCUACUCUGUUCAGGCACUACAAAUUUGGAGCUUUUCUUGAAACCCUUCUCUGUGCCCCCAUUCACAUUAUUUGAAGAUAAACAGGCUAUACUAGUGCAGGUUAUCUUUCCCUCUAAUGGCAACCUUAUUUGUCUCCUAUACAUAGCCAUAAAUGCCGUUUCUUUAGGGAACACUCUACAUUUUGACCUCAUAGUUGAAGCAUACGAGAAGGCAAUUUGUUGUCCUAUUUGCACAAGGCAUCAUGGAAGAGAGUUUUGUACCAUUUCGCGGAAUCAAGAAUGAUCUUAAAGGGAGAUUGAUGUGUUACAAGCAAGAUUGGACUGGUGGUUUAAGGGCAGGCUUCAGGAUUUUGGCACCCACCACGUACAUAUUUUUUGCAUCAGCAAUUCCAGUUAUUUCAUUUGGAGAACAAUUGGACAGAGAAACAGAUGGGGCUCUCACAGCAGUUCAAACAUUGGCUUCCACUGCAGUAUGUGGUAUUAUACACUCAUUUAUAGGAGGUCAGCCUUUGCUGAUCCUUGGUGUUGCAGAACCAACUGUAAUUAUGUAUACAUUUAUGUUCAACUUCGCCAAAAGUAGACCUGAUUUGGGAUCCAAGCUCUUCCUGGCAUGGACUGGAUGGGUAUGUGUUUGGACAGCGCUCUUGUUGUUUCUACUGGCUAUCUUAGGAGCUUGCUCGAUCAUCAAUAGGUUUACUCGUGUUGCCGGCGAAUUGUUUGGCCUUCUAAUUGCCAUGCUUUUCAUGCAGGAAGCCAUAAAAGGACUUGUUAAUGAAUUUCGAAUACCUGAAAGAGAAGAUCCCAAGUCAAUUCAGUUUAGAUCCUCCUGGAGAUUUGCCAAUGGGAUGUUUGCUCUAGUUCUUUCAUUUGGCCUUCUGUUGACAGCAUUAAGAAGCAGAAAAGCAAGAUCCUGGCGAUAUGGCUCUGGGUCACUUCGAGGCUGCAUAGCAGAUUAUGGUGUGCCAUUGAUGGUGCUGGUUUGGACGGCCCUAUCUUAUAUUCCAUCGGGAAGCGUUCCAGAAGGAAUCCCAAGGCGCCUUUUCAGUCCAAAUCCAUGGUCAAUGGGUGCCUAUGAGAACUGGACUGUCAUGAAGGAUAUGCUAAACGUGCCAGUUCUGUAUAUAAUCGGAGCUUUCAUCCCAGCAACCAUGAUUGCAGUCCUUUAUUACUUCGAUCACAGUGUAGCAUCUCAGCUUGCUCAGCAGAAAGAAUUUAACUUGAGAAAACCACCUUCUUUCCAUUAUGAUUUACUUCUUCUAGGAUUCAUGGUCAUAUUGUGUGGUCUCAUUGGGAUCCCUCCAUCAAAUGGUGUCAUUCCACAAUCUCCAAUGCAUACCAAGAGUUUGGCUACACUAAAGCACCUAUUACUUCGUAAUCGACUUGUGGCAACAGCACGCAAAUGUAUGAGUAAGAAUUCAAGCUUGGAACAAGUGUAUGAAAGCAUGCAAGAAGCCUAUCAACAGAUGCAGACUCCAUUGAUUUACCAGGAAUCUUCUGCUCUGGGAUUAAACGAAUUAAAAGAGUCAACAAUUCAGAUGGCCUCCAGCAUGGAGGAUGUUGACACCCCAGUUGAUGAAACAGUAUUUGAUGUUGAGAAGGAGAUUGAUGAUUUAUUGCCUGUUGAGGUGAAAGAACAGCGGCUUAGUAACUUGCUCCAGUCUAUAAUGGUAGGAGGAUGUGUUGCGGCCAUGCCUUUCAUAAAAAGGAUCCCAACCUCAGUUCUGUGGGGCUAUUUUGCUUUCAUGGCCAUUGAAAGCUUACCUGGUAACCAGUUCUGGGAGCGGAUCUUGUUGCUUUUCACUGCUCCAAGCAGGAGAUACAAAGUGCUGGAGAAAUACCAUGCCACCUUUGUGGAAACUGUGCCUUUCAAGACGAUUGCAAUAUUUACGAUUUUUCAGACAGCUUACUUGCUGGUUUGUUUUGGCAUUACAUGGAUUCCAAUUGCUGGGGUUCUAUUCCCGUUAAUGAUCAUGCUUUUGGUUCCUGUGAGACAAUACAUUUUGCCCAAGUUCUUCAAAGGAGCCCACCUUCAGGAUCUGGAUGCUGCAGAAUAUGAAGAAGCUCCAGCUAGAUCAUUCAAUCUAGCGACUGAGGCAGAGAUGAGUAGAUCAGCCUCAUUUGCAGAUGAUGGAGAAAUUUUAGAGGGAAUGAUCACACGAAGCAGAGGUGAGAUAAAGAGCAUCCGCAGCCCCAGAGUAAUAAGCUGUAAUUCAACACCAUCAAAUUCUUUCAAGAGCAUUCAGAGCCCAAGGCUCUCAGAUAACAAGGUGUACAGCCCCCGAGUGAGUGAACUGAGAGGGGAGCUAAGUCCUCGACAAGGUGGAAGAGGACCCUUUAGUCCAAGAACAUCCAAUUUAGGAAAAACUGGUUAGAAAAUGCCAUAUUACUUGCCAAAAGAUAAAAAGGAUUGGUGGCUAUUUGGGCACCAUAAACCGCAAACACGUAUUUACCAGAGUCGAGGAUAGUAAGAAUAUUAAAUGAAAAACAUGCAACGAGAAAAGUCUGUUCUGGCAAUUCACAUUCCUUGUUUUGUUUAUUUAUUGUUCAUCAUCUGGCCUACCUAUGUUUACUACUUCAUAGAAAGAAAUUUAUAAUCAGGUAAGUCUGAGAAAGAAAUCAAAUAUCUACUAGUUGUUGAUGUAAGCAGACAAAUUCAUCAAUUGUUGAUCUCCAAGUCUACUUAUUCAGUCCA